GGGGCGGUGACAUAUUUUACCCGUCAUCGUCCUACAUAAUUUUGUAAAUUUGAUAAAACACGAAAAUAAGUGUUUAGGAGUGUAUAAAAUCAGUUUAUGUCCGGACUGAACGUGAGGAUGGCGGGUCAAACUAUAAACGAUAGGCUCCUUGCCGCUCGCCACAGUAUCGCGGGGCAGGGUUUAGCAAAAUCUGUAUGUAAAGCCACAACCGAAGAAAUGAUUGCACCUAAAAAGAAACAUUUAGAUUAUUUAGUCCACUGCACAAACGAACCGAACGUGUCAAUACCGCAGCUCGCCAACCUGCUAGUGGAGCGUACACAGAACACCAAUUGGGUGGUGGUUUAUAAAGCCUUGAUCACGGUUCAUCAUCUACUAGCAUAUGGAAAUGAGCGGUUCACUCAAUACUUAGCAUCGAGUAAUUCAACGUUUCAACUAAGUAAUUUCCUAGAUAAAAGUGGAGUGCAAGGCGCGGCCGGGGCCCGGAUCGGCUACGAUAUGUCGCCGUUCAUCCGGCGAUAUGCCAAAUACCUGAAUGAGAAGGCACUCUCCUAUAGAACCGUUGCAUUCGAUUUCUGCAAGGUGAAGAGAGGUAAGGAGGAAGGUUCAUUGCGCAUGAUGAACGCGGAGAAAUUACUCAAGACUCUGCCAGUACUGCAGGCCCAGCUCGACGCGUUACUAGAGUUCGACUGCACCGCCAACGAUCUCACAAACGGAGUCAUCAACAUGUGUUUCAUGUUGCUGUUCAGAGAUCUCAUCAGAUUGUUCGCUUGCUACAAUGAUGGUAUCAUCAAUCUACUGGAGAAGUACUUCGACAUGAACAAAAAGAACUGUCGGGAUGCUCUCGACCUCUAUAAGAAAUUCCUCAUCAGGAUGGAUAGGGUCGGAGAGUUCUUGAAGGUAGCAGAAAACGUGGGUAUCGAUAAAGGUGAUAUACCGGAUCUUACCAAAGCGCCCAGCAGUCUGCUCGAUGCCCUGGAGGGUCAUCUCGCGACGCUGGAGGGUAAGAAAGGCUCCGCUGCGAACACGCCAACGCAGACUGCCAGCGCGCAGAAGAACGUGGCGAGCGUGAUGGGCGCGCUGUCGUCCACGUCCACGGCGUUCGGCCACGCCGCCGAGCAGGCCGCCAACGGCGCGCUGCUCAUCGACGACUCGCUGCGCCGGCAGGCGCUCGCCGACGAGGAGGCCGCCAUGACCCAGUACAAGGUGCAAUUAUACCAGGGCGUUGAGUUGACCGGUGAGGAGGACGUAACUCAGUUAUCGGAGCAAUUUAACAAGGUGCAGUCGCCGACCAACGCGGCCGGCAACCCGUUCCUGCCGGGCGCCGCGCCGCCCGUCGACCUGUUCGGGCCCGCGCCGCCCGACGCCGGGAGGCCGUCCGACGACCUGCUGGCGCUGGGGAACCCCUUCGCGGACAUGUUCGGCGCGCCGCAGCCCGCCGCGCCGGCGCCCGCGUGGCAGAGCAACGGGUUCGCCGCCUUCCCGCCCGCCACGCAGAACAGCACGUUCGUGUCCGAGGCUAACUUCACUAACGUUUUCAGUAACACUGACACCGCAGCCGCCGCGAACCCGUUCAUGGGUAUGGGGGAUCCUACGCAACCGAUGACGGCCUCCCCUGCCCGUCCCCCUCCCCCUAAUCCACAACCCAAAUCCGCGUUCGAUGACCUCGAAGACGUCAUGCGGAUGUCGCUCGGAGGAUCUCCAGCGAAACAGAACCAAUCGCAACCGAUUACGCAGCAGCCUCAGCCAAUGGGAGCGCAGCCUUUCGGUGAUGUCAUGUCGAUGUCGAUGCCGAUGUCAUCUCAGCCGAUGAUGUUUGGAUCGCCUGCGCGGCAACCGAUGAUGCCCAUGGCAGCUAUGGGCCAGCAACAGCCGCAGCAACAACCGGGCAAAGUGCUCACCGGUGAUCUCGAUUCCUCCCUCGCCCAGCUCGCUAACAAUCUUACUAUCAACAAAACGGCCAGCGCUCAGAAACCGAUGCAGUGGAGUUCCCCAAAGAACGCGUCGAAACCAGGCGCCGCUUGGAGUCCGCAGCCGAUACAGGCGACCACUGGCGCCGGAUACCGUCCCAUGGGUCCCGGCAUGACUCUGCCACCAAUGCCCCAUACAUUACCCCAUACGUAUCAUCCCCCGCAUUUUGUUCUGGAUGUAACCUCGCCUCAGCAACAACCGGCCAUGGUAAUGGGAAUGAACUCGUCCCCCAUGAUGCCGAUGGGUGCCAUGCCCCCCAUGCGGCCGCAACUCCCCCCGCAGCCCGCCAACCAGUUCAGUUAAACAUCACGCGUCGUACAAGAGUCUGAGUUUUAUAGCCUUCGAGAUUGAGUUGAUAAUCGCAUAUUGCUUAUUGAAAUUUAACAAACACUAAUUAAAAUUUUCUACGAAAGUUUUUAAAUAAAUAUCGGCACAAAAUUGAAUUCGCAACGCUACUUAUAAUACAUACGGCUUUCUUAUGGAUUACGCUCAAAACAUGCUUAGUAAUAUUUAAUCGUUUCAAUCAAUACAAUCUCGACCGGCCCUCCGCUCUACGGAACUUCGUCUAGCAAAAACUUUAGCACGUAUCCGUGAGGUAAUGUUUACUUAAUAAAGUCACAGAUAAUAAUUGUCACAGAUAACAAAUAUAAUUGUGACGUAGUGUUUUUUGCAAUGUACAUAACAUUACAUGCUAGGUUCCGGUUUACUAGAAGGUUUCUGAACGGUAAUCGUAUCGUAGCUGACUUGCGAACCAGGUAGGUAGUUCUUACAUUAUUAUUUUUUUACAUAGGUUAUGUUGAAUUUCAUGAUUAUGAGGUCUUCACAUAAAUCAUACAAUAUUUAAUUAAUUCAUAUUCUUUAACGAAUUAAAUCGUAGCGUAUCUUUGAAAAGAAACAGAUAAUAAAUGAAAUUAAUAAAUUUAUAUAAUUUCCGCUUUGAAUUUAAGUUAUCCCUAAUUAUACAGGGUAACUGGUGAAUUACUAUCAAUAUUUAAGGACGUGAUAUUUGACGAUCAUAUAUGACAAAAAAAAAAUACAUAUAAUAUAAAUAAUUAUAAACUUCUAAGUAAAGUUAACCAACAAUUAUGUAAUUAAUUACGCAUCGUGUGGACACCCUAGCUGCGCUGUCGACACAAAACAGGUAUGUAGGUUUACAUUUAGUUAUCACGCGGUAGUAUACCUUUGAUAAACAAGCAUGAUCUAAUAAUUACUUUAAUUCUGGCUUCGGACAGGCAAAAAUACCAAGAUAUUUCACUCGUUUAAGCAACAAAUUUUGUUGACUAUGUAAAUGAUGUGAACUCGGGACAAAAAUUAAUAUGAACUGUUUACCUAUCUUGGUAUUUCCGGCGUAUUUAAAAAUGGAAUCAUACUUAUUUACAACGAUUGUCAAUCAUGAAAGUACCUAUUUACCUACAUAACUACAUUAACUUUAUUCGUGGCUCGUAAUCGUUGGCACUGAGUUCUUCAACAUGUCGAAAAUGAUACGGGUGUAACCCUUCGUUCUGAAGUAGAUUCCACACAGUCCAUUGAGAUACAGGUCACACUCACACACGACAGAUUAGGAAUACGCGUAAGAUCGAUCGCUAGGCGCGCGCGCGGGAAAACGGACUUACGAACCUUACGGCGGCGCCCGCCCGACUAAUCGGCCGCGGGGCAGGUGUUGCGGGGGGCGGGCGGCACAGUACAACACCGCGCCGCACGCGCCGCCGGCUUGUGUUCACACUUCAUUUAUUUAAAUUUAUGUAAAUUUGGUCAAAAAUUAAGUACCUAUUUUUUUUACAUAAUUCGAAUGAGAAUCAUGUACCGAGUAUCCUCCUUAAAUAUUGAUAGAAAUUCACCAGUCACCUGUAUAAUAUAUAUAUUUCUUCGUAAACUUUAAUUUAAUAGGAAAUUUUACAAUUAUAGUCAUCUCACUUCUGUAUAAAUUAUUUAAAUAAAAUUAAAUUCUUAUGAAUGGUGCGUAGCUAUAUCUUUUAUUUACCAAAAAAAAAAAAACAACAAAACUGAUCAUCACAUUCCAAUUACGUACAAAAAUGGUAUCAUUAGCUACAGUUUUAACAUAAUACAAUAUAGUUUUCAUUCCUACCUUUUGACAUAGUCAGCAUUUAUGAUUUCGAAAUGAAAAAUGGAUACAGCGUUUUAUAAGAUGAAUUCAAAGCGUCGGUUUAAAAUAAAAUUAUAAAAUUUUCAUCUCACUUAGGACGUCGAAACUCAAAUUGGAUAUUUGAAAUGUUAUUCCCUUUAUAUCUUACUUAAAUUAAAAAAUAUAUAUACAAAGGUUGCUACAAAUAAAACUCAUCGAAAGUUACUUAAGAAAAUACAUAAGAAAUAUCGCAGGCUACGAUAUAAUUUUUUUCUUUUAUUAAUUUGUAUUAAAAAUAUUGCCUAAGAAAUUAUUUUUUUUUGUCUGUGGCAACCUUUAAAUGUAACGUGUAUUAACUUAUGUAUAGUUACUCUAAUAGAUUGUUAUGAAAUUAGAUUUUACGGGUGUACAUUUUACAGUAUGGCUGUCGUUCAUAUGUACUAGGUGCUUACUGUGUUGCCAGGUUUUUUAUUUGCUAUUAUAUAUUUCAUAAAAUCGCUCGUAUAUAUAAUAAAUGUUUAGUGUAAAGAAUUAAAAAGCGUAAUAAUAAAAGUUUUUGUUAACACCACUAAAGCAUAAUCAAUCCAAUAAUUGUAUUUUCUUAAAAAUUACUAAGAGAUAACUAAAUAAAAAAUUAACUAUAAUAGAUAAUAAAAAGUCAGUAAUUAUAUAAUUGGUGUGAUAUUUAUUGUUUUCGUAAGACUGUCAUAUAUUUCGAAGUAUUAAUCCCAUAUUAUUUUUGUCUUAGGCGUGCUUUCAAUCGAAACUAGUUUAUUAAAAUGUUGCCAUUUAAAUUUUUAUUAUUUACCCUUAAAAUAGUUGUUGUAAAAAAAUGGUAGAAAUGUGAUCUUUAAAUGGCAAAUUAACGUUACUGCUUAAUGAAAUUGUUGUUUAAGAUACAUAUUUACUGAUCAUGUAAUACGUGUAGUUGUUUAUUAAAAUAAUCAAUAUAUUAGGUUUAGAAUUUAAUUAUUACGUUCAAAACUCAUUACGAGACACAGUAGUUUGUGUAAAUAUGUAACCUUUUGAUGUUUAUUUUGCUGCCUUCACUAGACAUUUAAAAAAAAUAUAUAUAUCUUCAGAAAAUUGUAUUUUUAACGGUGUCGGCUCAAAUGUCUAAUAAAUGUAUCAAAGUACUUUGUUCCCUAUAGCUUACUUAUGAAUAUUAUUAGUAUUUCUUUUAGAAUAAAAAUUAAUGAUAUAUAAUAUCAUUUGCAAUUGAAUGUAUGAAAGCAGACUUCGGUAGUAUUAUUGUGCAAUAUUUUAUAAAAAAAAAAAUUGCGUAUCCGCUGUUAUGAAAAAAAAACCAGGUUUUAAUAAAUACUUGCCGUAUGAAUCGUUUUAUAAUUACAGCUCAGCCAUAAUGAUUAAUUUAUACUGUGAUUUAUAGUGGAUUCGACUGAUAUGUUUUAGACGGAAUUCGCUGUAUAGUUCUAUAGGGGAUUUCGAUUUUAAUACCCAUGCAGAUAAAGAAUAAUAUUGAAUCUGACAUCGUCUCUAUUCACCUCUCGCUCGCACCGUGUCUCUGUUUUUACUCUGUACCUGCGUGUGUGAGUUUAGAUAGUGACAGUGUGAGCGGUCUUUUCAAUCCUAUUCCUUAUCUAUAUGGGUAGUAUAUUCUAAGAGCGAAAUAUUCUUUUUUUUUAUAUUAUUUUACUCAUGAAAAUUGUUAAGUUGUACAUUUUAUUCAAUCAUUCAUUAUGUUAUGAUUUUUUUUUAAUGUAAAUAUCCUUUGCUGUUAUACGCUAGCUGUCGUGCCUUUAGAUAUCCAAUUUAGUUUAUUUAUAAAAUAAAUAAAAUGAUUUAAGUCUUCA